AUGGAAGUGUCGUCCAGUUUUUCAUCUCGACGCUCAGCGGCAGGCUCAUUACCACCAUUUUCUCUGCCACCGCCAAAUGAAGUUCCCAGUAUGGCUCUAUUCACUCACCGUCCCUCGUCCCCGUUUGGUUUUUUCCCGUCCAGCCCUCUGACCUCCUCUCCAGGAGCUAGCGAUGGUCUCAGCCCAGGCUUGUCUAGCGUAAAUACCGCCAGCUCUCAAGGCUCUCAAGCACACGGAAACAUGCAGUAUACGUAUAGCGCCAACGUCCACGGCACAUGGCCUACGCCAGGCACCUCGAACUACAGCGUUGGCGGCACUUCGCCAGAUCAAUCCUACGGCGGCCAUCGCUCGUCAAUCUAUGGUCAGCCGCCUACGAUGGGUUUUGGAAAUCCACGCAGUUCACAGUCUCCUGCUACCGGGGGUGAAGGUCUUCCGCCGCCUCCCUUCAACAAUGUUCAUCAGCCAUUUCAAACGUCGAUUUCUGGAGGGGGCGGAAGCGGUGGCCAGGACAGCCACCACAUCUCCGGCCAGGCGCCACCACAGGGCGCCAUGUUGAGCUCAACUCAACCUCACGCGGCGGGAAGUGCUCCAGCUCCCGUGGACCCUUAUUCUCACUCCAGACCACCCAGCAACCCGAGCUACUACCCUGCUUCGUCUGCGACGCAGCAGGCGAGCUUCUCAUCGUAUGCUGGGCCUCAGCAGCCAUCUCCAACGGGUACCAGCCCCGGAUCUCGGGGCCUGGGUCACUCAGCCAUGGCGCCCCCUUACCGACCAUAUGGCUCUUAUCAACCACUGACCACGAUGAAUGGCCCUGUCAUGUCCAACAUUCACCAACCCGGAUCACAGUUAUCCAUGAUUCCUGCCAUGGGCGUGCCACCUGGCUACAAUCACCAGAUGAUGUAUGGUCACCAUCCUCAGCCUCAACCACAGUCUGAGCGUCCGUUCAAGUGCGAUCAGUGCACGCAGUCCUUUAGUAGAAACCAUGACUUGAAGAGGCAUAAGAGAAUCCACUUGGCCGUCAAGCCUUUCCCAUGCUCGUUCUGCAGCAAGAGCUUCUCUCGCAAGGACGCGCUCAAGAGACACCGACUCGUCAAGGGUUGUGAAAACAAGAGCAACGAGGCGGCUGCUGCUGAUGAUGCUGCCGCCCAAGAGCGAGCGGGUGAAGGCGACGACGACCGAUCCUCGCUGGGCAAGGAGGUUUAA